CUUGUAGCUACUGCUGUGGGAUUCUAAGUCCAGGUGAUCAUUUCAAACCAAACAACAACAAUUGGAAACACUCACACGCUAUCGGUAGUUCCAUGAUGGACUCAAAUCAACAUUUGAAAAAGACAGCAGAAGCAACACCUCCAAAGGAAAGGGAAACGAGAUGCUGCAAUGGAUUCAAGGAAAUUUGUUUGUGAUUGUAUUUGUCAGUUACUUUGGAUCCAAACUACACAGACCAAAGAUAAUUGGAAUUGGUUGCUUCAUUAUGGGAACUGGAAGUAUUUUGACUGCUUUACCACAUUUCUUUAUGGGAUAUUAUAGGUACUCUAAAGAAACUCUUACUGAUCCAUCAGAAAAUUUAACAUCAAGCUUAUCAACCUGUUCACUUGAUCAGAAUUUGUUACUCAAUAGAACAUCACCUGAAGUAGUAGAAAAAGGUUGUGAAAAGGAAUCUGGGUCAUAUAUAUGGAUAUAUGUACUCCUGGGUAAUAUGCUCCGUGGAAUUGGGGAAACCCCCAUAGUACCCUUGGGGAUUUCUUACAUUGAUGAUUUUGCUGAAGAAGGACAUUCUUCUUUUUAUAUAGGUACUUUGCAUGGACUAUCAAUGGUUGGUCCAAUCAUUGGCUUUAUACAGGCAUCUCUGUUUGCUAAAAUGUAUGUGGAUAUUGGAUAUGUAGAUCUCAGCAAUAUCAGAAUAACUCCUAAGGACUCUCGCUGGGUUGGUGCUUGGUGGCUUGGUUUCCUUGUGGCUGGAAUAUUAUCUAUUAUGUCUUCCAUACCAUUCUUUUUCCUGCCCAAAAAUCUGGAUAAAUCACAGAAAGAAACAUCUUUAUAUUUGCUCAAAACAAAUGAGGAAAGGACUCAAAUGGCUAAUGUGACCAACCAUGGGCAAAAUGUUAGUGAAAAUAUUACUGGUUUUCUCCAGUCCUUGAAAUGCAUCCUUACCAAUCCCCUAUAUGUUAUAUUACAGUGUUUGUCAUUAGUGCUAAGCAGCAGCCAUAUUGGUGUUAUUACUUAUGUCUUCAAAUAUAUAGAGCAACAGUAUGGUCGCUCAGCAUCUGAGGCUAACAUUUUGCUUGGAAGCUUAACCUUACCAACUAUUGCAACUGGAAUAUUUAUAGGAGGAUAUAUCAUUAAAAAAUUCAAACUUACCUUGCUUGGAAUGGCCAAAUUAUCAUUUUAUACCAAUGUAUUGGCCUUCAUAUUUCAACUGUUAAAUUUUGCAUUAAUUUGUGAAAACAGAUCAGUUGCUGGCCUAACUUUGACCUAUGAUGGGAAUAAUCCAGUGACAUCUCAUAUAAACGUACCACUUUCUUAUUGCAACUCAGACUGCAAUUGUGAUGAAAAUCACUGGGAACCAGUCUGUGGAGACAAUGGAAUAACUUACAUGUCACCUUGUCUAGCAGGAUGCAAAUCUUCAAAUGGCAAUAAAACAUCUAUGGUGUUUUAUAACUGUAGUUGUGUGGAAGUAACUGGUGUCCAGAACAAAAAUAAUUCGGUGACUUUGGGUGAAUGCCCAAGAGAUAGUCAAUGUACAAAAAAAUUUUAUAUUUAUUCACUGGUGCAAGUCUUGAAUUAUUUUUUCUCUUCAUUGGGAAGCACCCCAACUGUCAUGCUGAUUUUUAAAACUGUUCAACCUGAACUGAAAUCCCUUGCGGUGGGUUUCCAUUCACUAACUAUACGAGCAUUAGGAGGAAUUCCAGCUCCUAUAUAUUUUGGGGCUCUGAUUGAUAGAGCAUGUAUGAAAUGGUCAACCAGCAGCUGUGGGAACCAAGGGUCUUGCAGGAUAUAUGAUUCCACAUUAUACGGAAAUACCUUCACGGGCUUGACUGAGAGCUUAAGAUUUUCAGCACUUAUUUUAUUUGUUGUAUUAAUUUCCACUAUGAAGAAAAUAUAUCAAGGAAAAGAUACCAAGGCAUCAGAAAAUGGAAGAAAAGACACGAAUGAAGCAAACUUAGAAUCCUUAAAUAAUGAUGGAUAUUUUGUACCUUCUGCCAAAACAGACAAUGAAACACAUAUGUAAUUGGAGAAAAAAAAUUAGGUUGUUGUGUUUCAAACCAACACUGUAUUAAUUUAGUAGGAUGGUAUUUUGAGUAGUUCUUGGUCUUUCACUAACAGUUCUCCCACACUUAUGAUGGUACAGUAAAUCACCUAUGAAUUUAUAAUAAUGAAAUAGACUAUAAAUGAAAAGGAAUGACAGUAUGCAUUGCUUAGGGUAUGGCUAUGCAUUUGAAAUGAAGAUUAAGACACAUGAUCCAUACAAAUUUAAAGUGAGAACUAUGGUCAGUAUAUAAUAAAAGAAAAAAUAUUUGCUCAAGUAAUUAUAACUCAAUAAAACCACUGACUAGAAAAUAGAGGGGGAAAGGGAGGAGAGAAAUUAAUAAACUAAAUAAGGAGAGAAGCCUAAUACCUUUUUUUAAGCCAGUUUGGCCCAUGUUACUCAAACAUGAAGUUAGUAUAUAGAACCUUUAUACUAUGAUGACAUCUGUCAUUCAUGUAUUAAGUCAUGUCUUUCACAGACCUUGUUAAUUCAUAAUUUGAAAUUGCAUUCAACUAGGGGCCCAUGAUGCAUCUUCUUCCAACCUUCCAUUAAAAUACUGCUGGAGAAACAGAGAUAAUUCAGAAUUUGCAAGCUAUGAUUGUCAAACAACAUAUUACGGAAUGUGUUAAGUUUCUUUCAGGACCAUGGAAGUGGAUUAAGAAAACUGACAUUAACUUGAGAAAGCAAAGCCCAUUUAAAAGAUGUGUCUUCAUUCCAUUUGUCUGCUUCCUGGAAGACAUUGUGUCUGUACAAGAUAAUUUACCAGCUGUUUCUCAAUUGCAUAUUUGUGUGUGUGUGUGUUGUUUUUGGUGCUCGAAGAGAAAGUUUUCACAUCCCCAGAAAUAGGACAAGAGGAGAGUGGAUGAGAACAAAUAUUUGAAUAUUGUAUUUGUUAGAUGACAACAGCUUUAUACUGAAUGCUAAAACUUGUAGUUUUUAUACUCAUUAGGUUAAAAGACAUUUUCUGGCAUUAGAAUAACCUGUGAAACUUUUUGUUUUAAAAAAAAUCAAUUGUGCACCCAACCCAGAGAUUCUGAUUCAAAACAUUUGUCAUGCAGCCUGGACAUCUCCUUAAAAAAAAAAGAAAUCUGUAUAGCGACCCUGAUAAAGAGAUACAGAAAAGAAAGCCACAAAUAGGAGAAGAUAUUCUUGAGUAUAGCAAAGUCACAAAAUAUGAAUGCUUGCUAGAAUCUGAGAAUUAGCCUAGAUGUUAUACAUAUUAUUAAACUAUUCUCAAGCUGUAGCCCUGAGAAAGGAUUCAUUACCCCCACAAGCAGAGAUUUGGAAAAACCACCAACAUGCUAGGUUACUAUAUUACAAGUCUGAUGAGAUCUUAUCUCAGAAAAUAGAGAAAAAUUUGAGGCUGUUUUUUAAAACAUUGCAAAAAAAAGGCAACAUCUUGAAUAUUUAUCUAUUCAACAAUUAUUGAGUAUUAAAUAUCUUUCAGGCAAAAUGAAAUAAAGAAAGGAU